AUGGUAUUGUCUCAGAUCACAGGGGCUGACGUAUGUGAGGUUCAAGAUGGUUCCUUGUGGGGUGAAUUUACCGCAUACCAUCCACGAGCCACAGAGAUGCUUGCCCUAAUCUCUGGAGGGCCUCUUCAAGUUGGUUUUGUUGACACUCAUGGUAAUGCUUUCAUCGAUAUUCUGAAUCCUGGAGAUAUCACCAUAUUUCCCAGGGGAAUGAUGCAUUUUGAGGCUAAUGUUGGGAAGGAAGAAGCUAACUUUAUCUCUGCCCUCAACAGCCAAAAUCCUGGUGUUAUGCCAAGCAGCGUGUCGAUAAUGAAGCUGCCCUCGAUAGCCGUGGCUGCAGCCUUCAACAUCAGCCAACGGGACGUGAACAAAUUAGAGUCACGGAUAUAUUGCAGUGGAAUUGGAUUAAAGCUAAUGCCUGGAUGUGGUGUGUGA